CAGCUAUAUAAGAACUCCUCUCUGACACAGACUGAUUUCAGUCAUAGGUGGUUAUACCCCAAACUUCACAUCAGAUACAGACACCAAGACAGUGAAGAUGAAGUUGCUGCUAGCUGCUGCUGCUGUUCUGGCUGUAGCCAGCUGUGCCAGCAUCUCUGUGGAAGAUCUGGAGUUUCACGCCUGGAAACUGAAGUUUGAAAAAUCCUAUCACUCUCCAUCAGAGGAGGCUCAGCGGAAGCAGAUCUGGCUCAACAACCGAAGACUUGUGCUAAUGCACAACAUGUUGGCGGACCAGGGUUUGAAGUCCUACCGCCUUGGUAUGAUGUACUUUUCUGACAUGGAAAAUGAAGAGUACAAACAGCUGAUUUCCCAGGGCUGCCUUGACUUCUUCAAUGCUUCUCUGCCUCGCCGUGGCUCUACCUUCCUGCGACUGCCUGAAGGUGUUGAUCUGCCCGACAGUGUCGACUGGAGAGCUAAGGGAUAUGUUACUGAUGUCAAGGAUCAGAUGCGGUGUGGCUCCUGCUGGGCCUUCAGUGCAACUGGUGCACUGGAGGGUCAGAACUUCAGGAAGACAGGAAAGCUGGUGUCUCUGAGUGAGCAGCAGCUGAUCGACUGCUCUGGCAGCUUUGGCAACAGGGGCUGCAAUGGGGGCUGGAUGGACCGGGCCUUCUGGUACGUCAAAGCCAAUGGAGGGAUUGACACUGAGGAGUCCUACCCUUAUGAGGCUAAGGAUGGAUUUUGCCGUUACAACUCUAAAACUAUUGGUGCCACAUGCAGCGGCUAUGUUGAUGUGAAUAGAUAUGAUGAACAAGCUCUGAAGGAGGCUGUGGCCACCAUCGGUCCUAUUUCUGUGGCCAUUGAUGCUUCUCAGCCGUCGUUCCGAUUCUAUGAAUCAGGAGUGUAUGAUGAGCCCGAGUGCAGCAGUUCAAAGCUGUGCCAUGGUGUGCUGGUUGUGGGUUAUGGUACUCACUAUGGACAGGACUACUGGCUGAUCAAGAACAGCUGGGGUUUUAGAUGGGGAGACAUGGGAUACAUUAAGAUGAGGAGGAACAAAUACAACCAAUGUGGGAUUGCUACUGAAGCGAGUUACCCUCUGGUCUGA